GCGACCUCCUUCACUGCCACAACGACUGCCAAUUGAUACACGUAUCAUACGAGACUACCACACAACACCACCCUUCACACUUAUAACCCCACAUCAGUCAUGGAGAACGUCAAGGAGUUUGCCGAUAUGCCCGCUGAGUUCCUCAAGGAGGGUACUUUGUUCAUGAACCGCUGCACCAAGCCCGACAAGAAGGAGUUCAUCAGGAUCUCGCAAGCAGUCGGAAUUGGUUUUCUGAUCAUGGGCGUCAUCGGCUACAUCGUCAAGCUGGUGCACAUCCCCGUAAACAACAUCCUCGUCGGUGGCUCAUAGUUUCUUCGUCAACACCAAUACCACUUUCGUCCGCUUUCGCAUCUUCGAGACGGGACAUCAUUCAUCAUACCAUUUGUAUUGCAUUUAGAGAGGAUCCGGAUGGGUUGGCUCGAAUUACUAGGCAUGGAGCAAUGUCCAAAAAUGCUGUACAAUAUGGGCAUAGGGUCAGCGGGAGUUUGAACAAAUCUAAUUGGAUUAAUCCUGCCAAAGAA